AUGUCUUCCACCUCGACUUCGACACCUUUGACUCUUCGUGGCAAAGUGGCCCUUGUCAGCGGUUCUUCCACAGGCAUAGGAGCUGCCAUAGCCCAGGAAUUGGCGAAGCGCGGGGCGUCUGUGGUAAUCAAUUUCCCGCGGAGUGCAGAGAAAGAAGAUGCCGACAAGGUUCUUUCGACGCUUCCUGCCGAAUCCAAAUCGGUGGCAAUAGAAGCGGACCUUUCCACCACCACAGGGCCCGAGGCCUUGGUACAACAAGUUGUAGCCGUGUUUGGCAGGAUCGACAUUCUGGUGAACAAUGCAGGACUGAUGCUAGGCCAUAGCCUCGAUGAUCCUGACGACGCAAAGGUCAUCGGACUGAUCAAUAAAAUGAUGGAUCUCAACGGCCGUGGCACAUAUCUUCUGACUCGAGCGGUCUUGAAACACCUGUCGAACCAAAACUCUCGCAUCGUCAACAUCACGAGCGGCUCGUCGCGGACUCCAGGGGUGGGUGUAAGCAUGUACGCCGGUACCAAGGGUAUGAUUGAGUCCUUUACGCGAUCAUGGGCAAAAGAGCUGCCGCGGCGAUAUGGCUGCACGGUCAAUGCGGUCGCACCUGGAGUCGUGGGAACAGAGGCGUACUACGCGGCACCGGCAACUGUGAGGGAGUUGUUGAAGCCAAUGAUCGACGAAACACCAAUCGCACCUCGUGUUGCUAGACCAGAGGAGAUUGCGUGGGCCACGGCAAUGCUUUGUGAGGAAGGAGCAGGUUGGAUCAACGGAAUUUACCUGCCGGUCGGAGGAGGAAGCACGAUGAACUAA